AUGCUAAGUGCUGAAGCCAGUUUAACAGAUCCUAAAGAUUUCAACAUUUGUGCCUUAAAGGUGAAAACAAACCACUUGAGGCUGGAUGUGAUAUGCAGUGUUGAUUAUGAGUGUAUCUCUUGCCUGCUUACAUUUGAACAUCUAAGUCUGAUGUGCAAAGGUGAUCAAGUGUCAUCCCCUAUUAGAUCAUUAGCUGAUGGCCAGACUGUUAAUAAUCCUUACCAAAGGGUAAUUGACUACUUGAAGAACUGUGACAGUUCUGAAAUACAAGCAGCAACAUUUUUUGAAGAGAGAAUAAACCACAUACCGUUUCCAUUUAACCUGAUGCAUGUAUUGCCAAAAUGUCAGCAGGCUGAAUUGUUGCUGUCUACAUUUAUACAAGAUCUCAGUGGCAAUGCUUACAUGGAGAAAAGGAACUCUUCAUCAUCAUCUACUCUUCCAGAAGAUGGGCCAAAUAAUUUGCUUCUUGAUGCUUUGUAUGAGCAUCUGAAAAAGCUUCACAAUAAAGAACUAAACCUGAGUGAUGAUGACUGUGCGAAGUUUCAACAACUGUUAAUAGCAAGACAGAGGGAAGGAAGCACUUAUCCAUUACCAGUUCCUUGCAGUGAUGCAGAUGAUUCUGAUGGAAUACCCAUUCCAAAGUGGAGAUGUUUUCUGAAAGGGAUAAGUGUUACACAUGUAAUGCUGACAUUUGUGCCGGCUACAUACACGGACCUGAAAAAUCUCAUGCUUUCAGGAGAUAUUUGGAUGACCAAAGACACCUUGGCGGUAAACAUCUGGAACAAUGUAGAUGAAAAUUUACAUUUGGAACUUGCCAGUAUUUCAAAUAGUGAACAAAGGGUUAAUGAAAAAGGAGCCAUAUAUUCAAGUUUGGACAGGCUUAGCUCACUUGUAGAUAUUCCGCAAAAAGUAGCUGGUGGCUCCUCGGUCACAGCAACUACUCCAGCAUCUUCAUUGUCUCGUAGGUCAUCAUGUGAUGCUUCACAAAUCCAUGGCAAUAUAGCUCAUUUAAAACUUCAGGCUAGUGGAGAGUCAUCUUGUGACUUUCUCAAUGAAACACCAUUUCGUAUACGAGCUAGUUCUCUGGAUGCAGUAACAAAGCGAACAGUACGUGACAUACCGUAUAAACUCUUCUUAAAAACAGGAUCACUUACUGAAGAUCUUGCUGCCACUGAUGAUUCGGUGCUAAGGAAUAAGCAUUCUGGUGGAGAGAACAGCAGUAGCUCAAAGAUGGGUGUUUCAUAUCAACAGAAAACAUUACUGCAUAAGGCUGAUGAGAUACCAUUGCUAAAAAGAAAACCAUCAUCUAAUUCAACUAGUGAAAAGAAUCAGAGUAGUGCUGAGGAGCGAAAACCUGUAUAUGGUUCAGUUACAUUGCCAGUCUAUAUGUAUGACUGCUCACUCUCUGUUUUAAUGGAAGCUCUAGUGUAUAAAGAUUCUGCUAAUAAAGCAGUUAAAGAUAUUUAUGAUGAUCAGAGGCGUAAAAUUGAAGCUGAACUGACAAGUGAAUAUCUUCCAAACUGUGAAUUUGAUAUAAAGAGCAAGAAAACAGAUGAAACUGGUUACAAACACUCCAAUUCAGAAUCAAAAUCUGAAGACUCCGAUUCCACUUUAGACAGGCCUACUCUAAAACAACACUGCAAAUUAAUUAGUUUGGCAUUCUAUAGAUGCUAUGUUUACACAGUAUUUAAAUCAUUACGGCAGAGUUAUGUUAUGCAUGGAGCAGAUAUUCAGGCUGCAGUUGCUGAAUGUGAAGAAAAUUUGAUUGAGAUUAAUAUCACAAGUUUCUUGAUGACUGCAUGUGGUCACCUCAAGGACAUUCAAACGAACAGUCAGAAAGAUGUGAAUGUUGUGGAAAUAAUACCAAACACUGACAGUGAUGAAAAGAAACAGCCAAAACCAGAUGCAUUAUGUGACACAAAUAAAGAUGGAACAUCUGCAGAACAACUUCAGGAAGCAACUGAAACACUUAAAUUAGAAACAAGAGUAGAAAAUGUUUUAAUGCUUCCAUUGUCAAAACUGCAGGAGUCCGCAAUAUGCAAAGAACUGAAACAGUUGCAUAAUAUGAUCAAACAAAAAUUUAAGAACAUUUUGAGGGUGUAUUUCAAACCUGUUCCCUCACAUCAGGAGUAUUACUUUUGUGAUCCAGACUGGGAAAAGAUACAUAUGGAUAUGGGCUCAUAUGACAUUGAAAUUGAAGGAGAGAUCAGGAAAACGGAAACUGGAGAUGCUGCAGAUGUUGAGACUUUCAAUUCAGAGUUGGUGGAAUUUCAGCCACAGCACUGUGGAAUACCAGUGACUGGCUGGGAGGCUCACCCUCUUCAAACUCCAGAUGAUGCCCGAACGUCGCUUCUCUCUAACAUGGACUCUGAUAGUAUCAGUGAUAUAGAAGAUGAUGACAUAUCAGAUGAAGCACCACCAUUGUUCCUUCAUUUGACCUGCACUAUUCAUGCUAAGGGUAGCUCUGGAAGCUGCACAGUUACAACUUUGCCAACAUGCAUAAGUGAACUAACGGAGUGCUUGGAAAAUCCAGAUGCAGACAUAAAUGUCAGUGGCCUACAGGUAACGUUGGAUGUGUUUUGCCUAACUUUGCCACCCACUGUGGAAUUUGUUACUUCAGAGAAGACAUUAACUGAAAUGAGAAGUACCUCAUUCUGCAGUUCAUCUCCAGUGCCAACAGAUGGAACUAAUUCACCUGUCAGAUCUACACACAGCAGUCUUACAUCAAAUCAUCAGUAUGUUUCGGGGUCUGCAGCUGAUUUUUUGCAGCAUCUUCCAGAUUAUCAACAUAAAGCUGUUGCAACAUCUGUUGAAGAGGUAAAAGGCUUUUGUAUGAAAUCGGUGUUAUGUUUGUUAACAUUGCUUCUUUAUAUUGAAUGGUUGCUGCGUGAUUGGAGAGCAACAUUCCUGCUCGAUGUAUUUCCUAUUCGGGAGGAGACUUUGGAGUUUGUUGCAAAGCAUGUGGGAAGUUCACUCGGUCGUUCAAGUUGCUUGCUUGAAAAAGUUCCUUUACAGUUUGUCUUUGGGCCAAGUCAAAGUCUUGAGAGAUUCAUUCAGGAAUUCAGCAAUUUAGCAGUUAGUGGUUAUCAUCUUAUACAACUUGGACAGUUUUAUUAUCUUGUCAAAAAUAAGACUCGGUCAUCAAGGAGAAACAGUUCUUUAAUUCCAACUGUAGGAAACAAAGUCUCGUAUCAACCACACAUGACCGACUGUGCUGAGCUGUAUGCAGAACCUCGAGAAAGGCUUACAGAUAGAGAGUCAAGUGCAGAGAAUGGAAUACCUGAGAGUGUAACUAACACUACCAUGGAAACUUUGGCCAGUGAAGACAAUAUUUCUGCUGUAAAAAGCCUUUGGAAAAUACAAGACAUAAGUAGUAGGAGGAAAACACAGCUAGAAGACAGUGAUUCUGAUGAAGACUCAGAGUGCCAGAAACAGCGCAGAAAGGAAAAGAAAACUGCCCAGAGUAAAGGAAAAGUAGAACAGUGGGCUUGUUCAGCUGCAGCAGAACAUGAGACACUGUCACUCUCAGCUUCACCAUCCCUCCCUCUUACAGGCCAAGAUAAUGAAAACAGACCCAAUUCAUCAGUAGUCAGAAGCCAGAGUUGUGAAGUUGUACAGUGUGGUGGAGAAGAAUUAAAUCAAGAUGCAGAAGCUGAAACAAUAAUUCCUCCUUUGAACUAUCUACAGUGGAGUAAAAAACAACUAGCUUCUGAGUACAGAAGUGAAGUGUCAAGUCUUGUUGAGAGUGGCCAAGGAACAGAAGAUGGUUAUGAGGGAGACAGUAGUGACUCAGCUGACGAAUGUGAUUGGCUUCAAGAUAUGGAAACACGCAGGCCAUCACUUCCCAACUUCUGGUUAAUUAUGAAAGUAAAUGAAGAUGCUGUAAUUACAUACUUUCAUUGCAGAUUUAAUGAGAUGGAGAAUGAUAAAGUUAGAGCUUACAGAGAUGUUCAGCGGAAUAUGAUCAAAAAUAUUAAGGACCUAUGUAAACUUGUAAAUCAGACAAUGUUGCUACAAAAUUUACAUGACACGCGAAUGUGUGAUCAGCUUUUGGAACCAGAAACGAGUGAAGAUAUAUGGCCUUCAUCAGCAGAACUUUCUCAAUCAUCUAGUCAUCCUGUCAGUCGUUUGAAGUCUACUGAUGAUGGAACAGACAAUGAAUAUCAGUCAAAUUAUUUAGAUGCAACAACAAAAUUUAUGCCUGGAUGGUUUGCAUGUAAUGUUGUUUGGGAAACUUAUUUUUCCCUCCAUCCUCGGUUGAAGACAGGCCCAGGAAAGCCUGCUUUGUCUCGUGGCAUCCAAGCUCUACGUUCUGUUCUGAACCGCUUUUCAGUUAAUAAUCGCAAAAAUAUGUUUGUUUAUCAGGAUCAUACAGGAAAUGUGUUUUAUUUGAGGUUACAUGAAAAUGUGCAUUUAUCUUGCAAGCUUGGUCUCACCGGACCUCCUAAAUCAGACACUGAUGAUAAUUCACCUGGGCCUGUAUCAAGAAGCUCAUCAUUGACCUCAUUAAACAUUUCAACCAGAAAGCAGCCCAGUUUCGUUUCAGAAGAUGGUCUCAGUAGUCAAGCAGAGGAACUAGCUAGGAGAAAAUCAUUUGGGGAAAGAGAUGCACCUGCUGUGCCUAAUGGUUCUGGCUCCAAUGAUGGUGUAGUAGCCUGUGCCACACCACAACCACCAGCUGCGAAGCCUGAUGAUGUUAUAUUUUUAAAAGUUCAUGGUAUUUCUGAAGCAGGUCCAGAAAUAAAAGAAGAACUCAUCCAAGUUCUUCAAAACCGUUUAGAUGAUGCAAUAUUGGAAGUUCUUUCUGUGAUGCUAGCAAGAAAUCCAAUGUGCAAACUUACGCCUGAAGAUGUGCAUUUUAUACAAAAACCCUAUAAAUAUCCAGAAUCAAUAGUGAAGUUUAGUGUACCAAAACAUGCACUGGAACAUAUUCAGGCAUUGGAGUACUAUCUACGCCAGAAUAUACUGCAGUUUUUGUACACUCCAAAGUACACAGAUCCACGCCCUGAAUACCAUUUUCAGGAUUACUCGCAGCCAGAAACAUCAGAGAAAAGAGUACCUGAAACUGAUAUAUUCCUAUACAACCAGAGCCCUGCAUCUGGAAAUAAGGGAAUUGCAUGUAUUGCAAUAGCAGUGGUAGACCAUUCUGAUUUUCUCUUACAUCAUUCAAGGUACCCAAAACCAUCAAGAGAUGCAUACAGUCAAGAAGUAAAUCCCGAAGACUUUGAUUCACUGACAUGUGUGUUACCCAGCUAUGAAGAGAAUUCAGAUGAUUCAGAAGGAAUGGCAUUUAUGGAAUUCCGCAUAUGGAAACAAGGCAGAGUUAACAUUGAAUCUCUGACACUGAAAAUAAAAUCAUCUGUUCGGCAUGCUUUAUGGGAUCUACUAACAGAGUAUCACCUGCUUACAGCACCAUUUACAGUUCCUCUGACUUCUGCUGUGAACCUGAAGACAGCAUCUACUGUUGAAAGACAAUCAUCUCUUCCUGAUGAAGAUACUGUUGCUGAAGAAAUGUCAACCAAAAUGCCCAUGAAGGAAGAUGACACAGCUGUAGCUGGGGACAUUUUAAAUGAGUAUGAAUCUGGAGAAAGUGGAAUUCUGCAUAAGAUGUAUGCCAGUGUAAUUAAUCAGUGGCUUGAAUUUGCUGUUCAGAUAGGAGUUCCAGCUGUGAAAAGGUUCUGUGUUACCCUAACAUCAAGGCAUUCACUGUCUGUGACAGUUAAGGAGCUUAAGAAUCUUGUUGUCUUGAAUGCACAAGACACAACUGCACUAGUGUUUAACAGAGUAACAAAUGAACAUCAGCUUGAGGAGGAGGAAGAUGUAUUUGUACCUGUAAGUGUGUCUGAUAGUGACAUACAUGAUCAGCCAAGGACUGAUUCCAAAAGCCUCAUCGUAGGCAGAAACCUAGCACAGUGGAAGGCAUGCCUAACAGAUGAUGGAGUUUUUGACAAUGAUGUCCUAGAUCCAAAAGCCCAGAAAGGAUUUCAAAAGUUUCCACCCCUUCUUGAGUUAGUGGGAGAGAACACAUGUUUUGUGCCACGUCAGAGGUUUCUUUUUGCUGUUUUAAAUGAGUUGCAGAUGAUUGUCUACACAUAUAACUGGUCCAAAGAUAGAGUGGAAAAUUUGAAUAAACAGGUUCACCUCUUGGGACAGUGGCUAAGUGCACGUUCAGGCCUACUCACGUGUCUGACAGCACAAAAACUUGGACUGUUUCACAACCAGGAAGUUGCUCGAAAACGGCAUACAGGUCUUCAUCCUCAGAGCAUGAAUAUCUACAUGUCACACAUGACAGAAGUGGAGCAACUAAUAAAAUUUUCACCAACUUCAGCACUGCUGAAAGAUUUACCUUCUCGGCGUCAGAUGUCAAGCACGCAUUCCCUCAAUGCAGUAACUCGAAAUGUUUUUCGUGACAGUAAAGUCAGUCGACAACCCUUUAAAAAUUCGUCAACCUCUGAUCCAGUUUUCCAUAUCAUUCAGCAAAUGAUGGAAGCACGGAAUAUGGACAAGAGAGAAGACCAGAAGAAGCUGUAUAUAAUGUGGCAAACACGCGGUGCUACUCCAAACAUACCACUGGAUGAGGAUAUUAUUGAUGUCUUUAAAAGUCAUUCAAGAGUAAUUCAUUAUUGUCUAACUCCAUUGCUGUUUUUGCCAAGAUGGCGUAUCCAAGCAGCUGCCACACGGGACCACUUACUCAGUCUCUCAACCUCAGGGACUUCACCUGUCCUUAGUCGUUCGGUAGAAGAAAAAUGGCACAGUACUUUAUGUGCCAAUUUUGUUCUUGAAUAUAAACAAUAUCUCCAAACACUUGGAUUCAUUACAAUACAGACAAAGCCUGCUGCUGUAAAGAAAAGUCAUAAGCGAUCACAGAAAAAGAAAGAUGAUGAUGAUGGGAAGAAGAGUUUACAGAAUCUUUCCCCCACAGAACUUGUAGAGAGAGGUGUGUGGUAUCUUCAGAAGUCACUUCUUGGCGGGAUUCUUCUGUUUGAAAUCUCAUUUUGUGAGCCAUUUUUGCUUGCAAAGCUGCACGCACUAGAAUGCUCUCGCCUUCAGUCAAAGACAUCUAGUGCUCUAAUAUCUCAGUUUACACUUAGCUUCCUGGAUGAAUGUGAUAAAAUCAAGAUCCUGAUGCAUUUGCAUUCAUUCACAUAUGAUUACCAUUUGAGAAGCAUUGCUGGCUACGUAUCAGGUCGCCAAGCGCUUCUUCGUCAGGGUUAUCAUUUAACCCAUUUUCUGGAAGAUUUUAUGAAGUACUACUCCAAAGCUCCCAAUUUUGCAAGAAACCUUGUAUAUGCAGGAACUUGUUUCAUCUCCAACCUGACAACACCAGCCCGUCAACUUUUCAACUACCUUUUGAGUCAUGAGAAGCAGUAUCGGAUGGAAGUUUUUCGAAUGGUUCCAGUGACUUAUGAAAUUGAUACUCCAUAUGAUAAUGAAUAUGUUCUUGUUCAACUUGAAAAUACACCUCAUAUCACAUAUAAAGAUGCUCAUGAUGUGAAACGUACAGAUGAUUUUGAUAUCACCUUGAUUGUAUCUCAUAAUUCAUUUUUAUAUGAUCAAGCUGAGAAGUCCAUUGAAGAGUCAACAUUACGGCUGAAAUAUUACAUUAUUUUAACAAGUCGCAGGGAACUGUACCCGAAGCUAGAAAUUGAAAGGAAACUUGGAAAGUUCUGCACAGUUUCAACUGCUACACAUGAACAACCACAGCAGCCUUUGCCUGACGACCAAUGCAGUGAUAAGAAUGCUUCUGACAGUGAAACUGUUCACAGCGGGCUUGAAUCAUCAACAAGUUCAGAACAUACAAAGGACAUCAGUGUCCCAACACAAACGCAGAUAAGACAAGAAUCUGUGAACUACUUGGGCUACUAUUCGUCACACGAACAGUUGAUGCAGCAGCUUAUUUUGGAACAAGCAUCCACUUCAUGUAAUCGCAUAAAGAGCAUGGUAGCAAAAGGAAUGGUUGAUUGCAGAACUCAUUUGUUAUGGGAUAAACUUCAGUGUUCUCCAAAAGACACCAAGGAAAUGACAAGUAAUUCGGACCUAACAUAUAGUGAGUUCUGUGAAUUAUGUGAAUUGGCUGUUACUGAACCACUUAGUCAUCUCGACCCUCGUCUUGGUCCACUGUUAUGUCAGCCCAUAACAUGGUAUGAAAACUUAGCAAGAACCCUGCUGUACAAGUAUUCUGAACAUAGCCGCCAUUUUGAAGCACCAGAUGGAAGCACACAACAUAUUGUGAUCCUGCACCCACGAUAUCUUGAAGCAUUUAUGAUGCUUUCCAUUGACUUCCUAACCUCGAGAGGUAAUCUGUGCAUAGUGUAUCGGAAACCACAAGAAGGGGGACAUGCUGCAAAUCAGUUGGAAUUUUGUCAAGAUGACAUCAGGUCAUUAGUUGAAGGAUUUGUGAAUGCUUGCUGCUUCCGUCUUUGGAUUGGAUUAUUAUAGAAUGUGUUGCAGAUGAUAAAGGCAGCAUGGCAUUACACUUUUAAGAAUGUUGUUCACUGUUAAUAAUUGCUGUUUAGUUUUUUUAAUGCCAUGACAUUUUGUAUGAAAUGAUAUAUUUUGAUAUUGAAAAUGGCAUGCAACUUUAUUUUUAAUGUUGUACAUAAAAUCAUAUUUUUGCUAGCGCUAUGUUUAUAAAAAGUAAUAACUCAUUAAAAGAGCUAUUAUUGGGAAUAGCUAUCAGAAAUUAUAUUUUAAAUGUGCUAGUUACCACUAAGUUCAGUGUUUCAAGUUUUCUACCAUACACAGGUCUGCAUACAACAUUUUUGCUAUGCUGCAAAAAGCAUGAAAGGAAGCAGGAAAUGGGUAUUGUUUGUUUCUGUGCUAGAGGGUACACAAAAUAAAUUUAGACAUACCAACCAAAAUUUCAUCCUCAAUAAACAAAAUGUAUUGUAUACAGACUUCGUAACCCAUUAACUUAGUGCUAAUGCAAAGAAAUGAAGGCAAAUGAAUUUGUUCUGAGGUGUGUAGAAUAUUAAAGUCAGUGUAAGAGGGAAAGGGGGAACUGCUGUAAUAAUCCCACAGACACUGCCAAAAACUAUGAAUUUUGUUGAUAAUAUGGUUGAAAUUUAUUUCUUUAGUAUUAUUUUUUGACAAUUUUUAUGGAAUUUGUUCAUGUUAUUGUGCCUUAUUUCUCAGUUGCUGCACAGAAAUGAAGGCAAAUUAAUUAGUUGUAAAAUUUGUAUGUAAUGAAAGUCAGUGCAGGAGAAGAUAUAUAUUUUCAAAAAUGUAUAAUUUUUGUCAACAGUUUUGGUCUGCUAAUAUUUUGUUCCUUUUAAAACAAUUUUUUGUGGAUUUUUAAUUGUUAUUGCACUUUAUCUAGCAUUAAUUCUCCUUCUUUGUUUUUAAAAGUUUCUCAGUCAUGGCCAUUUGGGCUUGACAGUGUUGUAGAUGUGACUAUUAUUUCACAAAGAGAUUGUACUGAUAUAUUUUAUGUUUUAUUACUAUAUACUGAGAGAGAGAAUUUGUGUCUUCAUUCGUAAUUUAACUACAGAAAUGUCUGCUUUCGACAAGAAAGAUAACAUUCAUACAGACUGUUGGCUCAAGUUUUAAUUUAAUGUAGGUACAUGUUAAUUGCACUGAUUAAUAGAGAAAGUUUGUAAACAAGGAUGUAUACAUUUCUCACUGAAAAAAGCACAAUUUGAAAUUUAAGAUCAACAAGAUCUUGGGUGUACAUGAUAUUGCCUAUAGAAUAGACAUACAUAAUUAUGUGAAGGUGGCAAUUCAAUGGAGCUGCUCUUUAACUAAACAAGCAAUGUGCCAAGCUAGAGAAUAAGGAAAAAAAAAAUAGAGAGAUGGUAGUUUCAUUUCUGCUGCAAAUGCCAAAGGUAAUUGUCUGUCUUUUUUGGUUGUUAUUACUAUUAUCAUUAUUGUUAUUUCAGAGAUUUUAUUUUAUGUUACUA